AUGGAGGCACGUAUGGAGAAGCUGGUGCAGAUCAAAGGAACCCUGGAGGAGAUCGGCGGGCUAAUCCCCGACAUCUUGCGCGCCGCCGUCGGCCUCGAGCACCAUUUCCAAGCUGUCUCGACGGGGACCGGCGGCGAGACUGGAAGCGAGGUGACCUCUUCGCCGCAGAAGCCUAAGCAGGAGCAGGACGGCGACGACGAGGGACGCGAUGGCGGUGGCGGUGGCGAUGGCGAUGGCGAGGGCGAGGGCGAGGGCGAGGGCGAGAAGGCCCUGAGGAUGGACUGGGCGUCGUGCUACGUGCCUUACCACGACGAGGACGCGCACUUCGGGCACGACGGGCCCGGCGUCGUCGGCGUGGCCGACGGCGUCGGCGGGUUCCGCAGGUACUGCAAGGACGCCGGCGCGUUCGCGCGCGGGCUCAUGACGAGCGCGCUCGCACAGGUGGUGGCGAUGGAGCCCGGGACGCCCGUCUGCCCCUACGCGCUGCUGGAGCGCGCCUACGACGAGACGGUCGAGUCGGGCGCCCCGGGGGCGUCCACGGCGGUCAUCCUGUCUCUCGCCGGCGACGUCCUCAAGUGGGCGUACAUCGGCGACAGCGGCUUCGCCGUGCUGCGGGGCGGCAAGGUCGUGGAGUGUUCCGUGCCGCAGCAGGAACACUUCAACGCGCCCUACUAUCUCCGCCGCGGGGGCGGCAAGAGCAUCACCGAGGUGAAGGCGAGCGAGAUGCGGGUGAGGAACGGCGACGUCGUGGUGGCCGGGACGGACGGGCUGUUCGACAACAUGUCCGACGCGGAUCUCGAGAAGAUCGUGCAGAUCGGGACGGCUCUGGGCUUCUCUUCCAGGACCAUGGCGGACGUCAUCGGCGGCGCCGCCUUCGAGAUGUCGCGCUGCACGGGGAAAGACUCGCCGUUCGCCGUCGAGAGCUGGAAGCAGGAAAGGGUAGAGCGGCAUCGUUACGGCGGAAAGGCUGAUGACAUCACCGUUGUCGUCGCACGUAUACUGUAAAUUGCGAUCCUCUCGUCAGAGUAGGCUGCCCAUCACUUAAACAUAAUGAUCAAUGAUCAUGUAUUCAUAUUGAGAUUUGUUUCGGUCCAAACAAAAAGUACCUCGAGAUACCAAAUCAUUUUUUACCAGUGGAUCUAGUUAAGUAGAAUGUGCACGGUUAGAUUCAACGAUCAAAAACAAUUUGCUACCGCGAGGUACCGGUAUCUCGAGAUACUUUUUAUUGAACUGAAGCAAAUCUCAUUCAUGAAAUUCUAACGAGAGGAUCGGCGUCCAUGUCGUCUAGUCGGAUUCGUGACCUAUCCGGCCAUGUGUCUCUUUUGUUUUCUCGUUUUCGUUAUG